AUGGGCUAUGGGAUCUCCGGACCGUCGCCUUUGUACGGGGAUGGCUAUCAGGUCCCAUGUGUAGCAUUCUAUACAAGUCAGCCAUUUUACGCGACUAGUCCACCCCCAACCUAUGGGCCUAACUCCCACCAGAUUUCCCUGGGCGUUCGAAUGACUUCAUGCAUGUCAGAGAGCAGCAUCUGCAAGCAAACAACCGAAAAGGAAUAUAACGUUUCGAGAACCAUUGUAGAUGGUUCAAACCCAAGAAGCUCAGGGGUUUACACCGCUGAUGUUCCGACACAUGCUCUUUUGGCCAAUUCAAAGCCAGUCAGUCCGGAUACGGUGCACAGGCCAUUACGAAAACCCAAACAAUCCCAUCCGCUCUGGGUAGGCAAUCUACCGCGCAUGGUAGAUUUGACGGAGUUAAAAGAUUACUGUUCUCAAGGGGCCACUGAAGAUAUCGAAAGCGUAUUUUUGAUAUCCAAAAGUAACUGUGCAUUUGUGAAUUACCGGUCCGCGGCGGCCUCAGCUACCGCUUUGGCAAGACUCCAUCACUCAGUAUUCCAAGAUGUGCGUCUAGUAUGCCGACCCCGCAAAUCUAUCACAGAACUAGAUUCUGUACAUGAGGCUGUCGCUUUUCCUUCACAGCAGCCAUGCGAGACAUUGGGCGUUCAAGAAAAACACAUGGCAGCAGUAAGCGAUGCCAUCGCAAAGUUUCCCAAUGAGAGCCCCCACUUUUCAGAAAGAUAUUUCAUCAUCAAAAGCUUGACCGUCAAUGACCUGGAAUUAAGCAAGCAGAGUGGGAUUUGGACAACCCAGAUCCACAACGAGUUCAAGUUGAACCACGCUUUUGGGAACACCAACCACGUUUACCUUAUUUUUUCAGCGAACAGGUCCGGUGAAUAUUUUGGAUAUGCCCGCAUGUCAUCACCGAUCGCUGAUAAUGGAGGACCUGCAUUCAAAUUGCCGCUACAGCACGAGUCGAUGGCUAGAAGACCUGGAAGUCUAGUUGUGACUCCAACAGUGGCUUCUUUAACGGCGCCCAGAGGCCAGAUUGUCCACGAUACUGGUCGGGACACAAUAUUUUGGGAAGUCGAGUCCUUGGAGAGACACAGCGAGCAGCGCGCCGAUGAAAAAUCCGAUGAAGAGAUGCAGGCAUUUGGCAAACCGUUCCAUGUCCAGUGGUUAUCGUACAACCGAGUUCCCUUUCAUCGCACUCGGGGCCUAAGAAAUCCAUGGAAUAGCAAUCGUGAGGUGAAAAUUGCUCAUGACGGGACCGAGCUUGAGCCGACAGUCGGACAGAAACUCAUUGAGCUAUUUGACACAAUGUGUUGA